AUGAACGGACAUCGUGGUAAUGCAGAGGAGGAGGAGAGGGAGUAUAGGGAGUUGGUAGAGAUCGAUGUUCAGCGUCAACAUCAACAGCAGCAUGAGCAAAGACAGUACCAGCAGCAACAGCAACAGCAGGAAUACUUCCAGCAGGACCUGCACUCACCAUACGGUCCGCCAGAAGGGCAGCCUUACACGCCGUAUUCUCCCUACCAGUCCUCAGUUGAAGACAUGCAGGGCCGUUCCAUCACAGAGCAGGGCAGACCAGCUCGGCCGUUGCAGGCACACAUCGACGACUACAGCCCAGCUCCAGAAUGGCCUCCCCAUAUUGCCAGCAGCCCUGGGCAGUACUUCGCCGACACACCGGGCGGUUCACGCUCUGCGACGCCGUCUCUACGCAGCGGCACAGAAACGCCCGCGCGGUUGCACCACCACCCGGGCAACUCGUCCGUCGACUGGAGACCAUCCAGCCUCAUGGUACCCAGCACCCGCACCCUCGUCAACCAGCGCAGCAUAACUGACUAUUCUCUCCCCGACAAACAGAACCAAAGCCACCUAAGUCUCGCGGCCUUGCUGCCCGGCGGCGGCGCGGGCUCCCCGCAUAGCGUCAGCAGUAAUACGCUGCACAACAAAGACUACAGCGUUGACGCCAGCACCAUCCAGCAGAUUCACAAGCGUGACGAUGUGGAUAUCUGGAAGGGCUGGAAGAGAUGGGUGUUCCGGCUUGUACCGGUGUUGACGUUCGCCAACACGGGCUUGUACUUGGCGUAUCUGGCGCUGAGGAUCGCCUGUGUUAUCUGGGCGCAGAACGCUGCUGAUGAGACGUACGGCGGAGCGUGGACGUUCAUCGCUGUUGAGAUCGCAGUGGCAAUUCCGUCAAUGAUGCAUAACACUUGGACGAUGUGGUCGAUGAAGAAGAGACAGCGCCCGAAGUUGAGAUUGACGGGUAACGAUGUUCCCACUGUCGAUGCCUUCAUUACCUGCUGUGGUGAGGACGACGACUUGGUCAUGGAUACGGUUCGGGCAGCCUGUGAUCUAGACUACCCCCGUGAUCGCUACCGAGUUAUCGUGCUGGACGAUGGAAAAUCCACUGGUCUCGAUCAGCAAUGUUCAAAGCUGGCCAUGACCUACCCGAAUUUGUACUACAUGGCCCGAGUUAAGAUUCCCGGCCAGCCUCAUCACUUCAAGGCAGGCAAUCUCAACUACGGCUUGGACGAGGUGCACAAGCUGCCUGGAGGCGCCGGCCAGUUCAUGGCAGCUCUGGAUGCCGAUAUGAUUCCCGAGCGUGACUGGCUCCGAGCAAUCGUUCCCCAUAUGCUCAUCGACCCCAAGAUGGCUCUCGCCUGUCCUCCGCAACUCUUCUACAACACUCCCCCAUCUGACCCUCUAGCCCAGAGUCUGGACUUCUUCGUGCACGUCAUCGAGCCCAUUAAGGAUGCCCUCGGUGUCGCCUGGUGCACUGGUUCCGGCUACGUAGCUCGACGAGAGGCCCUCGACCAGAUCGGUAACUUCCCGCUUGGAUCUCUGGCCGAGGAUGUCGCUACAUCCACGCUCAUGCUUGGUAAGGGCUGGAAGACGGCUUUCAUCCAUGAGCCUCUCCAGUUCGGCACUGUUCCUGAGGACUAUGGUGGCCAUCUUAAGCAGCGCACGCGAUGGGCCAUUGGAACCGUCGAUACUUCCUUCAAGCUCAACUUCUGUCUCUGGGGCAAGGACGUGCAACAGAUGACCAGCGCCCAGCGGUUCUCCGGCUUCUUGUACGCCUCGCUGAGUCUGUACACGGUUCUCCUUACCAUUUCGAUGUUUGCUAUCCCGAUUAUCUUGAUCAUGCAGAAACCUCUUGUUGCAUACGCCACCGACGAGCAGCUCCGAUGGUUGAUCCGGGCCUGUUUCGCGUCUGUCAUCUCAAACCGACUGUGCGAGUUCGCCCUGUUCAUUCCUGCUGGCUACCACACCGGCCAGCGAGGUUCGCGAUACCAGCUCUGGAUGUCACCUUACAUCGCGCUGUGCAUCAUCCGCUCUUUCGUCCUCCCGACGUGGCUCGGUGGUCAGACACAGGCCUUCAAGCCCACAGGAUCUCUCGGCUCAGCGCUCAACGAGCGCGAUGCCAAGCUCAGGAAGAACAUGUUCCGCCGCCUCUGGGGAAUCCUCAUCAACUACAUGGCCAUCUUCCACCUGGCUUUUGUAUAUCUGACCCUCGUCGCCGUGGCACUCACCUCGUUCCGCUCCUUCGUUACAUCCGACACACUCCGCGAUACACUCACCGCCCUCCUCACGCACGCCUUCUGGCCACCUCUGACGUUCCUCUUCAUCUGCAGCUCGCUGUGGACGCCCAUCUCGUACGCGAUCGACCCGCCUGCCAUGCCGGACCGUGAAGACUUGCUCAACCGGGACCCAAAGACGCAGGUGGCGCAUCCCACGCCGGUGAGCAAGAAGAUUGCAUUCGGCGGUCAAGCAGCGUGGUUCGAGGCGGAAUACACGGUCACCACCGUUUACACAAUCCUGGUCUUUGUCGCCUCGUUCAUUUUCUAG